UAUCCUCCAACAUGUUGAUGUAUCUUACGCGAUGGCCAACUUGGACGAAGCAGUGUGCUCCCUGGUAUCACCGCCCAUAUCAGGAGCCACCAGCCUGGUCCAACCAACUUCGCCGAUAUUAUAUACGAGAGUAUUACCUCACUCCCAAUCGUUUUCCUCUCUUAAUACGUGCAUCGAGUCGAUCAUCAAAUCACGCUUUCACCCUGUCUCUGUCGAUUUCCUUGUUCACCCGCCGCACAUCAUUGUCAGAUCCUUGGCCGCCAUAAAUAUAAGCAAUUCUUGUCGACACACUCAGAUACUGAAGUAUCGUUCUCACUCGUAGUAUCAGGAAUGUUUGCUGCCUUGCGCCAACGUGAUCGUCAUCAGUACAUUGCUUUGGACCAAGUAGCUAGUGAGCUGCACCUUUCUGAUGACUCCUCUCAGUCGUCCGAGACCUCUGUACUUGACAAUGGCCGCACGAAGGACACACCUCGUUACCUCUAUACGACUUGGGUUCUUUACAUUUUUGUCCUAUGCACAGUCAUCGACUGCAUCGCCAUCGUAAUUCUCGCUACCUUGCGGUCCGGUGUAUGGGGUUUUCAGACCACAAUCUCCCCAGACGCUCUUCCACUGAGGAACGCGUAUACAAACCUCGACAAGCUCUAUCAGAAUCGUUCUUCGAGCUUUGUCCUCAAAACACCUGUCUAUAAUCUGCCUUUACUUGUUGGGCAGGUCUCCCGUUAUGAACCGGAUAGGUUCUUUCCACAACCAGUGGACGUGUAUGCUGACGAGAGUUUCGGCUAUAGUCAAUUAGUCUACCAACACUACCUCCUUAAUGACCGGCUCAGUACAAUUGUACAAUUCAGAGCUCAAGAUUAUGGCUUGGAGAAUUGCACUUUCGCGUUCACAUUGCCUGCCCCCGACUCAUUUAAGAGUCCGGCCAUAGCCGAUGAUCAGAGCAACAUCACAUCUAUCGAAAUAUCCAUGAUCCCCUUUGACCGUCGACUCCGAACGAAGAGGCUCUCAUGGGGAAGCUUGCCUUCUGCCAGGAUGCAUGUUGGUUUGCUCAAUAUUUCUGAUGGACGUACAGUAGAAGGCCCUCCGUUCUACUGCCCAUCCGGCACAUAUCUCACUUUCGAACUCAGCUGUGUUCACUAUCCCUGCUAUCUUGAUGUUAUCGGUGAACGCACCGCAGAGUUUGGCUUCUAUAUUUUACAGCGGCAGACAAGAUGAUGCCGUUCCUAGGCAAUCUCGCACCUUGGUUACAAUGCAUUCACUGAAACUACGAGUUUGUCUAAGUUCAUCGCCUUGUACUGUUUUUGAUGCUAC